AUGGCGAACGCGACUCGUACCCAGCAGGUCCCUCAACAUGUCACCGCGCUGCUCUCCCACCUCACCUCCCGCCCGGGCGUGCAAUCGACCCUGAUCCUCUCCCGCAAAGACGGCUCCAUCAUCCAAAGCACAGGACAGCUAGCAGUGCCAACCUCUGAAGAAAAUGGAUCCUCUCGCACCGCUCAAAUCCCUUCUACCUCCGAAUCGAACCCUCUCUCCGCUCAAUCCGCCGACUCAUCCCCGGCCUCACCCGCUCUUGCCGCCUCCUCACAGUCAUACCAGCCCUCUCAAACCGAGGCGCUCGCUGCUCAUAUCUUCGCCUUUGUGUCCAGUGCUUCUGCGCUAGGUGUUUCGCUCUCGCGACCUACUAUCGACGAGGUUCCUCCUACAAGGGAGGUCGGCCAGGACUAUGGGAUUGGAAAGGGCACAUCGCGCGAGGAUGAUCGGGAUGGGGAUGCUGGUGAUCGGGAAGAGGAUGAUGAGGUAAAGCUACUUCGGAUGCGCACACGAAAACAUGAGAUUGUUGUCGUGCCGGACCGGAAGUAUCUGCUGUGUGUUGUACAUGAUGCUGCUCCUGGGCCCGGGGCGACAAGUACACGCUCUCGGUAA